AUGAGCAAGUUGCCAGGCGAGGCAGGAACUUCUUUCCCCUCAGUGUCAGGAUCUCAGAAAUAUGCCCCUUCUCUCACCAUGAACUGGCUGUCGGGUUCCCAGGGAGUUGUACUAACCGCCUAUCACCCCAGCGGCAAGGACCAAGCUGUGGGGGAGAGCCAUGCGAAGGGAGACGAGGAAGCCACCUGCAGUCGCAGAUAUGGCCAAUACACCAUGAACCAGGAAAGCUCUACCAAAGUUACAGAGAAGCCUCCAUUUGAUCGAUCAAGCUCCCAGGACUCCUUGGAUGAACUAUCUAUGGAGGACUAUUGGAUGGAAGUAGAAAAUAUCAAGAGGUCUAGUGAAAACGGACAAGAAGAUCAAGAGGUGGUGGUUGUCAAAGAGCCUGGUGAGGGUGAACUGGAAGAGGAAUGGCUCAAAGAGGCUGGUUUGUCCAAUCUCUUUGGAGAGUCUGCUGACGACCCCCAAGAAAGCAUGGUGUUUUUAUCCACACUGACCCGGACACAGGCAGCAGCUGUUCAGAAAAGGGUAGAAACAGUCUCCCAGACCUUGAGGAAGAAAAACAAACAGUACCACAUUCCUGACGUCAGAGACAUAUUUGCUCAACAGAGAGAGUCAAAAGAAAAAUCUCCAGAUGGCUCAGAAUUGCAGUCAGUCAGAACAAACGAAAACAAACACCAAGGAGAAGACGACCAGGCACAUGGCAAGGUUGUUGAUGCUAAGGAGCUGAUCCCAAGUGUGCCUGAGGACACACCCGCCUCUGAAACAGACAUCAACCUGGAAGUGUCAUUUGCUGAGCAAGCAGUCAAUCAGAAAGAAAGCUUCAAGGAUAAGACCCAGAGAAGCAGAAGGAAUGAUGCCUCAUUACCUAGUUUCAGACUGCCAAAAGAUAAAACAGGAACCACAAGGAUUGGGGACCUGGCACCCCAAGACAUGAAGAAAGUUUGCCGCCUAGCCCUGGUUGAACUGACUGCCCUUUAUGAUGUAUUGGGUAUUGAACUCAAACAACAGAAAGCUGUGAAAGUCAAAACAAAAGACUCUGGUCUUUUUGGUAUUCCAUUAACUGUACUGUUGGAACAAGAUCAAAAGAAAGUGCCUGGAACUCGAAUACCCUUGAUCUUUCAAAAACUGAUUUCUCGAAUUGAAGAAGGCGGUCUGGAAACUGAAGGCCUCUUACGAAUACCAGGAGCUGCCAUAAGGAUCAAGAAUCUUUGCCAAGAACUAGAAGCAAAGUUUUAUGAAGGGACUUUCAACUGGGAAAGUGUCAAACAGCACGAUGCUGCUAGCCUGCUAAAGCUUUUCCUCCGGGAGCUGCCCCAUCCUCUGCUCAGUGUGGAGUAUCUCAAAGCCUUCCAGGCUGUCCAGAAUCUUCCAACCAAGAAGGAGCAACUGCAAGCCUUGAAUCUCCUUGUCAUCCUCCUGCCUGAUGCAAACAGAGACACGCUGAAGGCAUUGCUCGAAUUCCUCCAAAGAGUCAUAGAUAAUAAAGAGAAAAAUAAAAUGACAGUCGUGAAUGUUGCAAUGGUCAUGGCCCCAAAUCUCUUCAUGUGCCAUGGGCUGGGUUUGAAGUCCACAGAACAGCAAGAAUUUGUGAUGGCAGCUGGGACAGCAAAUACCAUGCACUUACUGAUUAAGUAUCAGCAGCUUCUCUGGACGAUUCCAAAGUUUAUUGUAAACCAAGUGAGGAAGCAUAAUACUGAAAAUCAAAGAAAGGAUAAGAAAGCCAUGAAGAAAUUGCUGAAGAAAAUGGCUUAUGACCGAGAAAAAUAUGAGAAGCAAGAUAAGACUGCAAGUGAUGCUGAUGUUCCUCAGGGAGUGAUUCGAGUGCAAGCUCCCCAUCUUUCGAAAGUUUCCAUGGCAAUACAGCUAACUGAAGAACUAAAAGCCAGUGAUGUACUUGCCAGGUUUCUCAGCCAAGAAAGUGGGGUUGCCCAGACUCUCAAGAAAGGGGAAGUUUUUUUGUAUGAAAUCGGAGGAAAUAUUGGGGAGCGCUGCCUAGAUGACUGCACCUACAUGAAGGACUUGCACCAGCUGAACCCAAAUGCUGAGUGGGUCAUAAAGCCCAAACCGGUGUAGAAGACAAACGCUCCCGCUAACCAGAGGACUAAUAUCAUCAUUCUUGCUGGGUCAAGAGUGUAAAUAAAGAGACAGCAGUUUCCUUAUUAUUCAACUGUACCCAAUUAUUAUGAAGUGACA